AUGGAGGCGCACGUGGAGCGGGCGUUUCGUGCGACGCUGACAGAGGCGGAGGUGCGCGCGCUGGAGUCCACCGUGCGCGAGCACCACACGUUCCCAGGGCGGGCGGCGGCGGGGACGACGACGACGUGCACGUCGCUGGUGGCGCAGCGCGUGUCGGCGCCCGUGCGCGCGGUGUGGCCCAUCGUGCGCAGCUUCGGCAACCCGCAGCGGUACAAGCACUUCGUGCGCACCUGCGCGCUGGCCUCUGGGGACGGCGCCAGCGUCGGCAGCGUGCGCGAGGUCACCGUGGUGUCGGGCCUCCCGGCCUCCAGCAGCACGGAGCGCCUUGAGGUGCUGGACGACGACUGCCACAUCCUCAGCUUCCGCGUCGUCGGCGGCGACCACCGCCUCCGCAACUACCGCUCCGUCACCUCCGUCACCGAGUUCCAGCCGGGGCCCUACUGCGUCGUCGUGGAGUCCUACGUCGUGGACGUGCCCGAGGGCAACACCGAGGAGGACACCCGGAUGUUCACCGACACCGUUGUCAGGCUCAACCUCCAGAAGCUCGCCGCCGUCGCCGAGGAGUCCGCUGCCGCCGCCGCGCCACCGGCAACAGGCGCUAGCUACGGCUCCUCCUGA